GUGCGGUAUUUAUAAUAUUACAACUAACUUAAAAUGGAAAAAGUAUUUACCAAUGAGAAAUACAUUGCUCAAAUUAACUCUAAAGAUUUCUAAUCAAUCACCGUGAUUUGUAAAUCACCAUAAAAAGACAAAAAGAAUAAUAAUAAAAUUAAAAAAAUAAAUUAAAAUAACAAAAAUCACACCCUAUUAAAAUCCUCCCGUAUAAGAAUAAUUUAUUAACCUCACAAAUAACCGUUAUUUACUAAAAUAUUUUGGAUUAACCCAAAGUAUCCUGUCAUAAGUAUGAACACAAAUGAGAUUUGACAUUUGUUACUCAACAUAGAAAAUGGAUCUGAUUUCUCACCACACCAAAAAAGUCAAUAAUCAAAAGAAAAAAAAAGAGAGAAAAGCACACAACACUCAACAUCGAGUCAUCUGCGCACAAAAAUCGAGACAAACAAAUUGCAGAAGAAUCCAUAAAAAAAAAAAGCAACUAUUCCCAUUUCUUUCUUUAAACACUCCCACUCUCCCCACUCACAAAAUAACUAGAGAGAAAGAGGAGAGAGAAAUACUCAAAUCAUGACCUCAACAACAAUGGCGGAAAAUCGCCGAUCAACCCCAUCAUCACAUCAAUUUUACUACUCAAACACGCCUUCAUAUUUCUCUACAUCUUCAUCGUCUCCUUCCUUAAUCAAAGGUUGUUGUUGUUGUCUUUUCCUCCUCUUUUCUCUUCUAGCACUUCUAACUCUCGCUGUCAUCCUCGUCAUCGUACUCGCCGUUAAACCUAAAAAACCUACUUACGAUCUUCAACAAGUCGCCGUCCAAUAUGUCGGAAUCUCUCCUACACCCACUGCAUCUCCUGCUGGCGUCUCCCUUUCUUUGUCGGUACGUUUACUUUUUACUGCGGUCAAUCCCAAUAAAGUUGGCUUGAAGUAUGGGGAAUCCAGAUUUACUGUCAUGUACAAGGGAAUUCCGUUGGGUAGAGGGGUGGUUCCUGGGUUUUAUCAACCUGCCCAUAGUGUUAAAAAUGUUGAAACUGUUGUCACUGUUGAUAGGGUUAAUUUGAUGCAAGCUGAUGCGUCGGAUUUGGUCAAAGAUGCUUCCAUGUAUGAUAAAGUUGAAUUGACUGUAAUGGGUGAUGUUAGUGCUAAAAUUAGGAUUAUUAGUUUUGAUUCACCUGGUGUUCAAGUUUCUGUUAAUUGUGAGAUUGUGUUGAGUCCUAAGAAGCAAUCUCUGACUUAUAAACAAUGUGGGUUUGAUGGGUUACAUAUUUGAUCUGCGUUGGUUACAUUUUGAAAAUUGAUUCACAUUUUAGAAAAUGAUGAGGAUUUUGAUGUAGUAAAUGAAGCAAUCAUGUUGGGAAUAUGAAGGAAAACACCUUUCUUUUCUUGGUAUGGAAUAUGGGUAGAACGGGAGAGCUAAUAUCAAAUAUCGUAGUGUGCAAAUUGAUUUUGAUUUUGGAAGAUAGAAAUGAUUCUUUUAGGUAAUUUUGGAGGUAAAAGAUUGACCUUUUUUAUAAUGGAUGAAAGGGAAGAUUUUGAUGUAAGAGUAACUGUUCCUGGAUAUUUGGAGGAAGAAAAUCCUCAAUGGCAGCAUGAAUAUCAAAAGAGAUAGAUGAAAAUGAUGAAGGCUUCCUACUUCUACGCAAGAACAACACUUAAAUCGAAGAUGAGGAUUUAAGUAAGGUUUAAUGUAGGUCUUUUGUGAUAGUAGUUAGUAGUUGUAGUUAUUAUAUAAAGAUAUAUAAAUUGAUAUAAUAGUGAUGUUAAUUUGGAAAUUUUGCUGACUUUUUCAAUUUUUAGUUGAUAAGUGUAAAUGGGUUUCCCUAAAUUUGAAUUACACUUGAUUAUUAAGAGUAAGAUGUGAAUGAAAAGGGAUUGUUUAAGUUCAAUGAUUAAUUCCGACUGGUUUCAGCUCUU